CAUCACACUGCCUCUCUCACUGCUCUUCCCUCUCAACAAAUUGAUAUCUCAGGUUCACAAUGCCUGAAAUUGAUAUAAUCCUAUACCACGGUGGUCCGCUUAAGAAUGUCAAUGCGAACAAGGGAUUGCCAUUUGAAGGGCCGGGUAUAAAGACCUAUUAUACCCAAAUUGAUCGUAGGUUGAAGACCCUUGACGAAUUGAAGAAGAUUAUCAUGGAAGAGUUGUGUGAGAAUCCUGCUAUACACAACAUACAAAUUACUUAUCGUAUGCCAAACGAAAUCUUGAAGCAUCGGAUUAAUUACAAGUAUAUGGUGAUAGAAACAGACAAACAUGUAAAGAUCAUGUUUGACAAGUUGGAAAGAAUAGGUGAAGUAACUAACAUUGAGUUGUACAUACAAUUGGAGCCGCGUGCAGUUUGGGAAGAGGAUAUCCAACAAACGACUACAAGCUUACAGGUUAUGGUUCCAGAUGCUCAAUAUGAGUAUUCUACACAUGUAGAGGAUGAUUAUGUUCAUGCCGAUGGUGAUGUUCAUGUUGAUGGUGAUGAUGAUGAUGAUGAUGAUGAUGACUAUGUUGAUGAGACUACUGCCAUUAACAAUGAUGAUGACGAUGAUGAUGACGACUAUGUUGAUGAGAAUAUUGCCAUUAAUGGUGAAGAUUUUGUGGAUAGAGAUGAGUAUGAAGACACGAUUGGCAGAGACCUUGGGGACUUUGAGAGGGACCUUGGGGACUUUGAGAGGGUAACCUCAUGUAAUUUCCCGAUAAUUUGA